ACAACGCGAGAAGAUUGCUUCCGCAUGCGACGCUGCUGCCCGUGGAGUCGUCUUGCCCUCCUUCUCGUCCUCUUCGCUGCGUGGGCCCCGCUCGAGCCGGCCGCGGCCACGAUCAUCGUCGGGCCGAGCACGUCCCCGGACGCUCUGCGCGCGCUCUUCCACUGCGCCAGCCGACAAUGGAUCGGCCGCUACAACGAACUGUACCAAGAGUGCGUCUUUGCCAACACGUCCGAGAGCUUGCUCAUCGUCAACACCACCAUCGACGCCACGGCCCUCUUUGUGCAGGACCAUGGCCCGUUUGCCGUGCACAUUGAGCUCGGGGUCCAGCUCAAUAGGACGUCCGGCACGCUGCGUCUCGAGAACGCAACGCUUUUCGCGUCGGCCGUCUUUGUCGACGCCGCCAACGUCUCGCUGGACGCAGCGUCGGCCAUCAACACGACGGCCAACGGCCUCCGCUUCGGACCUGGCUACAGCUCGUACGUGCCGAUGGGCAGUGCGUACGGCGGUCUCGGCGGCUACACGCUCUCCCACGCUUCGUUCGCGGUCCCCGGCUCGUGCGACGACAUUGACCGCGACGGCGCGUACACCAAGCCGAUCGGCGACCUCUUUGGCCACGUGAUGGACUUUCGCGGCUACGGCAGCGGCGGCAGCGAGGCCGACAGCACGCGCGGCGGCGGCCGCAUCUCGCUCAACGUAUCGGCGACGCUGCAGCUCGACGGCCGCCUCUUGGCCGACGGCGGGUUUGAUGCGACCUUCAGCACCAGCUCGGGCGCCGGCGGCACUGUCGUCGUCCAGGCGUCUGCCGUGCGUGGAUCGGGUGUGAUUCAAGCGGUCGGCGGCCAGGCCACGGCGCCCGAUAGCAGCGGGCGCGGCGGCGGCGGCGGUGGCGGCGGCGGGCGGGUGUUCCUACAUGUUGCAACCGCGCCAACGAUCGCCGUCCGCGCAUUUGGCGGGCGCCAUGCAUCGCCUGUGGACGACGUUUUCUGGUGCCAAGAGGGCGGUGCCGGCACGAUCCUUGUCGCGACGCAGCGCGACAAGACGACGGUCGACGGCCAGCUCGUCAUCAAAGGCCGCGACGGGCCGCCGAAACCUCCACGCCGGCUGGUUGUGGGCACGCCACUCUUUUACUGGACGAGCCGCCGCGAGCACAUGCUGCCGCCGUGGCUCAACUCUGUUGUCGUGGCCGGCCAAAGUCUCUUGAUUGCCAGCACCGUGCUUCUCGAGCGUGGCGCGGCCAACACCUCGAUCCUGCUCGAGGCAAGCGCUGCGUGGGCCAACGCCGCCGACAACAGCACACUGCACGGCAGUGCGACCAACGUGACGCUCCACGGCUAUGUGGGGCCGCUGCCAGUACGAGCGUUCGAGCGAGGCCGCGUCGUGCUCACCGCCGGCGACCUCAUCCUCGUCGGCGCGAUCGUUGACGCCGCGCAAUUGGAGCUGCGCGCCGAUGUCGGCAGCGUCUCCACCGACGACGACUGCACCUUGCGCUUCGAAGAUAGCGUGUUGAUGGCGUCGGCGGUUGAUAUCGACGUCCGUGGCGCCGUCGAGCUGCCGCCGUCGCGUCAUCAUCGAGGGUGGCGUCGAGCACCGAGCAUCGUUCUCGAGAGCCAGCGCCACACGCGUGUGGCGUGGCAGCCGAGUCUCUCGCUGGCGUCCGUCGACGUGGCGGUGCGCGCGGUCAACCAAUCGGUGCUGACGAUUCACGGGCCGCUGCGCCGACUCCGCGUCGACGCUGGCACCAUUGAGUGCACUGGCGGUGUCAAUGGCUCGUCCACGGUGUUUCCCCACGAGAGCCGGGACAUUUGCCGGCCGUGGCCCGUCGAUGACGACUGCGCGUCGGGCGACUACCAGCUGGCACUGGUCGCCACAUCGUCGCUUGCCGUGGCCGACGUCCAUGCGAGCUCGGUGCUCCUUUGCGCACCAGAUGUUCGCGUCGGAGGCUCGGGUGUCGGCGCCGACGGCCUCGGCUGCAAGGAAGACGGCCCCGGUAUCUCGACCGAACUGGAUGGCGCCAGUGGCGGCGCUGGACACGGUGGUCGGGGCGGCAACGUCGAGCCCGGCGAUCGAGGUGGUGGCGCGACCUGCGACGCGUCGUGGCCUGGCAGCGGCGCGGCCGGCGACUCGACCGGCGGCCUUGGGGGCGGUCUCGUGCUGCUCCGCGCGACGACUCUGGCUCUCGAUGCCGGGCUGAGCGUCCGCGGCGGCAACGGCACGGCGGGUGGCGGCGGCGGCGCCGGUGGUAGCUUGCUCCUCUUCCUCAAGGAGCUGCAGGGCAAAGGCUCUCUCGACGUCAGUGGCGGUGCGGGAUCGUCGACGUCGGAGCGUCACGGCGGCGGCGGCGGCGGCGGGGUCGUGCGAAUUGCGUACGCGCCCGACGGCAGCGGCCAAAAGUACCUCGGAACCGUCGACGUCGCCGGCGGCUCGAGCGCGGGUCAAACCGGUUACGAUGGGCUCAUGGCCGGUCUCAACUGCGUCGCGGGCUGCGGAGGCGUCUUUUGCGCGCCGUGCGCCGCGGGCCAAGCGAGUGCUGUCGCCAACGGAACGUGCGAGCCCUGCGCAAGGGGUACGUUUAGUGCCCAAACGGGCUCGACCGCCUGCACAAACUGCGCGCCCGGGUCGUUCAACCCUACGAACGGCUCCACCGCGUGCUUUCUGUGCGCGAAAGGCCAGUUUGCCGCCGACGCCGCGGCCACCGCCUGUACCGCGUGUCCACCCGGCAGCAUGAGCCCAGAGAAAGGGGCCGUGCACUGCACGUUGUGCCCGAUCGGCAGCACAGCGUCAAAAGCUGGCAGCGCGACUUGCGACCUCUGCGACGUCGGCCACACGACCCGAGCGGUUGGCAGCCUCGCUUGCGUGCGAUGCGACACCAAGCCGUACCACGCAACGUACAACCAGAACGGGACGUGUCACUACAUGUGCGAGAAGGGCCGCGUCGGGCUCAAGUGUCUCACGCCGUUCGAGCAGCUCGUCGCGCCGAUUGGCGGGCCCCUCGGCUUCGUACUCCUCUGCCUCGGCUCGAUCGGCCUCAUUUUCGCGGGCUACGGCAUGCUCUCGUACCGCGGCCCGCCCGCCUCGCGCCGUCUCAAGCAGUACCAAGCCCAAUUGCUGCGCCAGAACGUCCUCAAGCACGCCCAAGUGCGCGACGACGGACGCCGCUGCCCGCACUUGAGCGACCACCAGCUCCCGUUCCACGUGGCGCGCAUCUACUUUGAGGGCCACAACGACGCCGCUGAUCCGUGGCACCUCUCGACCGCUCUCUUUGUGGACAGCACCCUGCGGAAAGCGCUCUACGAAGGCUCGUUCGCGGCCUUCGCCGCCAAGUGCAACCACCUCUUGCGCUCGCAGUCGUACGCGAUGCCGCUGCUGGAUGCGAUUUGUAUGCUCACACUGCCGAUCCUCGGGCACGGAUUGCGGCGCCGGUACCGCCAAGCGGCCGUGCGUGCGGUCGCCACGUACGUGGACGAGUACGGCGCGGGCUUCUUUCGCGACCUCGACGUCCGACGCCACGGCGCGUCGCUGCUGCUCGGGUUUAGCGACGACCUGCGCCUCGGGUACCUCGAUCUGCUCCUCUCGCCCGACGCGCAGCGGCAUUUGGAGCUCUCGCCGACCCCGGCGCUCGUGUUUGCGCUGGCGGGCGCCGGCACGUUCUUGCACCCGUGGCACCUCGACACGAACGACGCGCUCCUGCGCAGCGUCCCGUCGCGGCUCCAGGUGCUGCGGGACAGCGGCUGGCUCGAAUUCGUCGCGGCCCUCAACCUGGCCCUCCGGAUUGUCUUGCGUCGGGAAUGCCCGGCGUCGCUGACGCCCGUGCAAGUGCUUCUCGCGCGCUUCAACGACCAAGACGACCUCAACGGCUACACGGUGGCCCUCGGUGUCUUCAACCUGCGCGAGAGUGGCAAGCCAUCGACGUACCUCGAGUCCAUUCGCGACGUGGACUCGGGUCUUGGCCCACGCGACAAGAUCGUGCUCGUCUUGCGCCCACCGAGAGACUCCAUGUCGGUGGUGACGGCACCUGCGUCACCACCCGCUACCGAUGCGAGCAUGUCGAUGUCGUCGAUCCGGUAUGCAGCGCUGUAUGCGCCAGAGCCCAAGGCCAUCGCGCUCGAAGAAGCCGUGGGACUCGUUGAUGACGCGCCGCCGAUGACGCAACCCACGUGGCGGCAGCAGCUGCGGCGGGCCCUGGACGCGAUUGCGCCGACGCACGUGGCGGUAUCGCCCGGUUUGCUGCGCUACGCGUGGGGCCGUCCCGUCUCGUUCCUUGCGCUUCUCGUGGCCGAUUUCCUCUUGUGGUUCUGGCUCGCGCUGCAGUUUUUCUGCAUUCAAGUCGGCGACCCGACGGUGCACGAAGCCGGCUGCUCCCACGCAGCGCUCGUGCUCGUACUCAGCGUCAUGCCCCUCGCGGUGCUUGGCGCGCCGCUGCUGGGCCUCGCGUUCGUCUUUGGGAAGCGGUCGUCGGUGGGGCGCCUCUUUGUGCUCUGGACGGCCACGUGCUACUGGAACGCGGCCACUGCGUUUGGCUGCGGCGUCUACUACUCGGCGUACGUCGGCGACUCGGUCCUCGGCCUCUCGCUCGUCGCCGCGUGCGUCAAGUGGCUCGAAGCGCGCUGGGCGCUGCGGCUCCUCGCGCAGUUUGAGGGCGACCGCAGCAGCCGCGGCUGGGCCGGCCUCUUUACGACGCGCGACUACUACGACUGCGCGGACCGGCCUCUUGGGCGCUGGCUGGCCACGUAGGCGAUGCACCUCGUCGCCCGUGGCUUGGCUUCGAGCACGAAGCUCCGAUCGGGAAGAUCCAGCGACAUGAGGUGUGUAGCAAUCACUAGCUGUGCAGCUAAUUCGUACUUGAAUGCCGAAAUUAGACGCCCUGUUGAG